AUGUCUCGAGUUCCUCCUCCUGGAGGGCCCGGCCGGAGCCCCUUUGGCGGCGGCAGUCUGCCUGGAGGCAACCCUCGACCACCGCCUCCCGGCCAAGGAUACGGUGGCGGACCUGGAUAUGGUGCCCCUCAGGCGGGCUAUGGCCAGAGACCACCUCCCAGUCAGCAACGAUAUGGCGAGAAGCCAGCCGGUGCACCUAGCGGUGGACGAAAGGUGCCGCUGCAGGUGGAAAAGGUCGCCGACAAGACACUCCAAGUCAAAUUAAUCUAUAGCAACGUAUGCGCCGUUUCGCCCGAAGACUUCCCCCCGAGCCGUGACGGAUCCGACCUCUACAUUCUCAUCCGCGGUGGUGACCCUGUGGGCGAAUAUGUCGUGACCGCUAAGCCCAUUCCCGGCUUUCCCUCUGGAUGCAUCAGCUUGUCGGAUCCCCAGCGCAGCUGGUCAGGCAUCACGAUGCGCGACCAGUUCACCGGCGAGGUAUACGACCCAUUCCAGUCUGGUGGCAAGGCCUACCUAGGCUCCCUGGACCUCGAGAUCGGCUUCGCAUCGCCUAGCAAGCGGACCGACGUACCAUACGACGAGGACGAGCUGGCCAAACAGUUCAUGGACACAUAUGGAAACCAGGUGCUGGCGCCUGGCCAGCCGUUGAUCAUGGACGUUCGCAACAUACCUCUGCGCAUCGUUGUCAAGACUGUCGGCCUGGUAGAUCUCGCCAUGGGCGGCGAAGAGAGCUCUCAAAAGUACAGAGAGUCUCACGCCCGUGGCAUCCUGACGAACCAAACCCGAGUCCUCUUCCACCGCGAUGGCAAGGGCGACUUCAACCUCAAGCCAUCGAUGAACAAGCCCAACUCCAAUGCUAUUCUGGCACCUGACUUCAAGUUUGAGGAUAUGGGCAUCGGCGGUCUUGGUGACGAGUUCUCGACCAUUUUCCGUCGUGCUUUUGCGUCUCGAGUGUUUCCCCCUGGCCUGAUCGCCAAGAUGGGCAUUCCUCACGUCAAGGGCAUGCUGCUGUACGGACCUCCGGGUACCGGCAAGACUCUCAUCGCUCGACAGAUCGGUAACAUGUUGAACGCCAGACCUCCCAAGGUCAUCAACGGUCCCGAGGUGCUCAACAAGUAUGUCGGUCAGUCGGAAGAGAACAUUCGAAAACUGUUUGCCGACGCCGAGAAGGAGUACAAGGAGAAGGGCGACGAAUCCAGCUUACACAUUAUCAUUUUCGACGAACUGGAUGCCGUCUGCAAGCAGCGUGGUUCUGGAGCUGGCGGCGGUACCGGUGUGGGAGACAGUGUUGUUAACCAGCUGCUGUCAAAGCUUGAUGGCGUCGACCAGCUUAACAACAUUCUGUUGAUCGGAAUGACCAACCGAAAGGACAUGAUAGAUGAUGCCCUGCUUCGUCCUGGUCGCCUUGAAGUGCAUCUGGAGAUUUCUCUGCCUGAUGAGGACGGUCGUCUGGAAAUUCUCAAGAUCCACACUGCCAAGAUGAAGACGAACGGUCUUCUGGACCCCGACGUGAACCUGGAGGAGCUUGCUGGCCUGACAAAGAACUACUCGGGUGCCGAGUUGAAUGGUCUCGUCAAGGCGGCGGCCUCUUUUGCCUUUUCUCGCCACACUGAGGUUGGCCAGCUUGCUGCUGUGAAGCAGGAUGUUGCGAGCAUGAAGGUGAACCGUGCCGACUUCAUGAACGCGCUGACUGAAGUGCGUCCAGCGUAUGGUGUUUCCGAGGCGGAGCUGGAGGAGGCUCUCCGUCUGGGCAUUCUACCGUACGGCGGCCACAUCAACGCGACGAUCCAGGAGAUGAUGCGCGUGGUGGGCAUGAUCAAGCAGGAUCCGAACAAGUUCAGCUCCUCGGUGCUGUUCCACGGCCCGCGUGGGUCCGGAAAGACGGCCCUGGCGGCACAUAUCGCGAUGCAAUCAGACUUUCCAUUCGUCAAGAUGGUUACGCCAGCAGAUCUCGUGGGGUACCGUGACGACUUUGCCAAGAAGGACUACGUGCACAAGGCCUUUGCGGAUGCGUACAAGUCGCCUGCUAGUAUUCUAAUCCUGGACGACUUUGAGCGUCUAAUUGGUUGGAACCCCAUCGGAUCGCGCUUCUCGAACGUGAUGCUGGAGGCUCUGACGACGCUGAUUGUGUCGAAGCCACCGAGGGGACACCGUCUGUUGGUAUUCGUCACUACGUCUAAAGCGUCGGUACUGAAGAUGCUAGAAGUAGACCAGGACUUUGCAAAGAAGGUGGCUGUGCCGGCGGUGUCGAACCUGCGGGAGCUGGGCAACGUGCUACACGAGUCCAAGUCAUUCAGCAGCAGCGACAUCAACCAGGUGAUGGGGAUGGUGCAGGAGCGUACGCGCGAGGAGAAUGUGGGCGUGGGCAUCAAGACGAUCUUGGACUGCAUCUUUGAGGCCAAGGCGGGCGGGCCGAGCAGCAACGUGCUGGAGACGUUUGUGGACCUACUGGUUGAAAAUAUGAAUGACCUGAGAGGAUAG